AUGCGCACGGGCAGGGUCGCCCCUUCCGCCCCGUCUGUCACCUCCCGGCCGGUGUCGCCGCACCCGCCACCGGCACCGGCGCCGCCUGUUCCCCCGCUCUGCCGCUUCCCGGAGGGAACGGCCGUUCCACCUUGCCUGCAGGGGCUCCGGUUGCCGCCCGGCGGCCGCGCCCGCGCCCCCAUGGAGGAGCCACUGGCGCUGCACCCCGUGAAGCUCUAUGUGUACGACCUGUCCAAGGGCAUGGCCCGGCGCCUCAGCCCCCUCAUGCUGGGGAAACAGCUGGAUGGCAUCUGGCACACCUCCAUAAUAGUCCAUAAGGAUGAAUUUUUCUACGGCAGUGGAGGAAUUUCCAGCUGUGCACCUGGAGGGACACUUCUUGGCCCCCCGGACACAGUUGUUGACCUGGGGAACACUGAAGUCACUGAAGAAAUUUUUCUGGAGUAUCUUUCCUCUCUGGGGGAAUCUAUGUUCCGAGGAGAGUCUUAUAACCUCUUUGAACAUAACUGCAACACCUUCAGUAAUGAAGUGGCACAGUUUCUGACAGGAAGAAAAAUCCCUUCCUACAUCACUGACCUUCCAUCUGAAGUUCUUUCCACACCUUUUGGACAAGCUUUAAGGCCCCUCCUGGACUCCAUCCAGAUCCAGCCACCCGGAGGAAAUACCUUCAGCAGACAUAAUGGACAGAGCUAACAGGAGUGACCGAGUGUGCCCAGCCUCACCAGGCCUCUUCCUUUUUAAACAUGAAUUUACCAGAUUUCUAUUUUAUAAUUUCCCAUCAGAAUUAACUCUGGAGAAGUUACGAGACAAGUUUUAAAAUUUCCUAGGGAGAGGAUUUAUCAGGGUGCAUGUAAGACAAUGCUACCAAAAAGAUUGCCAUAAUUUUUAAUAGCAUUUUACUAAUUUAUAAAGGCUGUCUUGUCGAGUAGGCUGAGACUUUCUACGUAACUCCUGUGCUGGUAAGUGGGAAUUCAUUCCAUGAGCAUUCAAGGGCCCAUCACACAAUCUGAAGUAGAUAAGGGGAUGUCCUAACCAUCCCUUGCAGACUUGCAUUUCUUUCUCCUCUCACUGCCUGUAUUAUGGGGGUCUUUGCUGAAGUCUGUAGCAAAAAAGGCAAAGGAAGUAUUGGUAGCCUAAGAAGUGAAGGUGUCCCAGGAUUAGUCUUCUGUGUAUUUCACUGACAUUGUUAUUUGCUCAAGGGAGAAGCUGAACUCAUCUGACUAGAAUAUUUGCAGUGGCACAGCUGUGUGGGAAAGGUGAUGAAGCUGAACCAUGUGUCAGUGUCACACUCAAGAAAGAGCUGGAACUCAGUGGAACUUGCUGUGGUGGGAGGGAGGCUGGAACUGAAGGUUACCAAGAAGCUUGUAAUGCCAGAUCCAAGAGUUAUGGGAAAGAACCAGCUGAAAGAACAGAAUCUCAUGAGCGGAAGUGGUAGAAACAAAUUUCAGGUGAAAGUAAAGUGAAGUGAAAUGUUUCCUUUUCUCGCAUGUAAGCUUAUCAACAGAUAGACAGAACCUUCUUAAUUAUUUACCUUUGCAUAAGAACUGUGUUUUCUUGGGUUUUUCUCCUUACUAAACCAGACUUACAGUACAGUAAGACAGGAAUAGCAUGGCAACUGCAUGAUAAUAUAAGUUGGACCAAUUCCGCAUUCAAUAUCAGGUUGCAGACACAGUAGGAGUUCCAACUUUCAUUGAUAUUGCUGCCCUUUCCAAAGCAGUCCGCGACAUCAGAGAAAGGAGACAUCUCUGCUUAAGAGAAAUAAAUGCUAGGUCUCCCCAAAUGUAAAGAAAAUGAAGAAGAGUAAAAUUAAGCUUUCCAUGGAGCAACUGAGUUUUUUGGGAAACAUGCAGAAGCAGUCCUGUCCUUAGAUCGACCUUAGAUUGUAUCAGUACUGCAUCUACUAGUUUAAGAUUUUUAUAGCUUUGCAAUUAUUUGCAGUGGGAGAAGAACAGGGGAAUGAAAGAAUAGGCACACUGUUUUCUUUUCAUGCAUGUAUUUAUACUAUUUUCCUGAAAAAUUUUGUAGCAGUUACAUUUAGGAAGGAAUACAAGAAAGACAUCGGACAAACCCCAAAACAUUGCUGAUGCUCCAUAAAUGGGGAUUGCACGUCCCAGAUGCUGCUGAAAAAGCAUCUAUGCAAAUGUACAGCCCUUUGUCCAGUGCGUUGUUGUGAAAAGUGUUGCUGCAAGUUCAGUCCUGCAUCUCAAACUUCCUGCACUGGAAACUUAUGCAUACCAAAAGGAGGUGUCUUUCCUCUGCUGGGUUCUUUCUCCCAGAAUAAUGCAGUUUGAUAAGUUUGUCACACUAUUUCUCUGUUUGGACUAUAAUGGUUUGUAUUUAUGAGGGGUUGGAAUAGAAGAAAACUGCAUUUUCAUCACUGUCAAAUACUCUGUUGCCCUGCAACUUGUGGAGCCACUGCACAGAUGGAAAUAGGGUAGUGUCAGUCCAUUUUGCAGGUUUUUGUGUGUACCUUCUUUCAGUGCACAGCAGUGGCCCCUGCAGCCCAGAUGCUUCUUUUCCUUGUCAUUCUCUGCUUGUGCCAUCAACUUCUCCUUAAGCAUUUCAUUUGAUGGACUGGACUUGGAUAUAAUGGUAGCAGUUAGUAUAGAUUGCAUUAUACAAAAGCUUUCAAUCUUUCCCCCUCAAAGUGUCCUGUUUGCAGAAAGCAUCCUAUAAUAAGUCAUUUAUGAAUGCCUUUUGAUGCUGCUGGAGGAAGGAUUGGUAUUUGUUUUCUGCUAGGCAAUAGCUUAGUUUUCCUGUUUAGUGUGUGUAUCCUCUCCAGUCUUUUUUCAUACCUAUUCUGUGAAGAGUAACCAGCCUUUCAUCUUAAUGCACACGACUGUGCCACAAAACAUUGUAGAUCGUGUUAGAGAUCUUGGACCUUCCUUAGUUGAGCAGGUAUAUUCAGGCUGUUACAGUGCAGCCCAACAUCUAGGUGUGCUAGUUUGGUACCUGCAAGCAGCACAGCUGUGCUUGCUUGUCUUUCAGCAAACUAUCACUUCAGGUGCAGCUGCCUGUGGAAGCACUGGUGCCAUGGUUUCUGCCCCACACUCUUUCACAAUGAGGAUAUGCCCUGUGUGUCCACCACUUCAGAUGUCCUGAGCCUGGUUUCUGCUUGGCUGCCUAUUUCAGGACUUUUUACAUCCUCUCAGGGGGCAGGAAAGAAAAGGAAGACAUUCACCCUGUGCAUUUUGCAAUCUGCCUUUUCCCCUCCUGAGCAGCCCCUUUGCAGAUAAUGCUCCUACUUUAAGGUCACUGGGUAAAAUUUCACUCAACCAUAUACUGUUUGCAAUAGCCAGGGAGCUCCUCGGGGGGCCUUCUGGGCUCGGGACCUACACUUGUGUUUCAUGGCAAAAGAGCUAUAGGAGAGAAUCCUGUUUGCUUGGUCUUACUGGGUAAUAAGACCCCUGUACGCUGUAGGACUCUUAGGAAACCCAUUUUCUCCAAAGACGGUUAUGUAUAAAUUGCAGGACUGUGCCCUCAAUGUUCCACCCAGCUGAAUAUAAACUAGACUGAGAAGUGUAUGUAAGUGUAUAUUGGUGACGAACUUCAGCCAGCUGAUUGACAAAGGGGCAGGGAAACUGAACCCCUGAACGGGAGCAGAACUCUUUUGCCCACACCUACUAUUCUGUCUUGUAUUGCUGCGGUUCCCCCGUGCCAUCUUAAAAAUGUUAAUAAUGUCUUUAGGCAGAAAGUGAUGUUUUGAUUUAUUUGUGGGUUUUUUUCUAUUACAAUAAAAAGAAAUACAGCAAA